UUUUUUUUUAUUUUUUUUUAUUUUCGUAAAAUUAAUAUAGUUUAAAUGCCUGUCAUUUCUACUACUUACCCUAAUAAAAUUACCUUCGAUAAUGAAAGUAAUAAAAUAAAAUAUCCAGAAAACAAGGAAAUUGAUUUUGCAAUGAAAAUGAGAAAUGCUGUUGAUGUAAAAUUGAUAGAUACUAAUUUAUAUAUGAGUAAAGAACUAUGGUUACCUUAUGGAUCAAGAGGGGCUUUUGGAGAUUGUUGCUCAGUCCUUAAAAGCGGCUUGGGAUACUGUGCCCGAAUCAUUCUUUGUACAUUCUCUACAUGCUUAUUUUAUCUUGGCUUGCCAUGUUGAAAUCCCAGUUAUCUAUAGUGUUCAAUGUAUUCGAGAUGGUAAAUCAUUUGCAACUAGAAUUGUAAAAGCAACGCAAAGAGGAAAAGUUAUUUAUGUUUGCAGUUGUAGUUUUGCUAAGCCUAUGAAGGGUGUUAGCUUAAAUCAUCAAUCCACUAUGCCUAAUGUAGCUGAUCCUGAUACUUUACCUUCGGAUGCAAAGUUAUUACAACAUGCAUUAGCAAAUACAGUAGUCGAGAAAUUUCCUGAAAAAUUUAUAAAAAAGGCUUAUAAGAGACUUGAAGAAGAUCAACCUAUAGAUUAUCGUGCAGUUAUUCAAUAUACACCCGAAGAAAUUAUUACAGGCAAUGUGAAACCGAAUGCAUAUAAUCAAAGAUGGUUCAAAACUAGGGGAUCCUUAAAUGAUGAUAUGAAACUGCAUGCUUGUAUUAUUGCAUAUGCCUCAGACAGUGGCUUUCUUAAUACAGCUGCUACUGCGAAUGGGUUAUCUUACAAUUCAGAGAGUAUUGGUAUGAUGACAUCUUUAGAUCAUACAAUUUGGUUUCAUGCACCUACAAGAGUGGAUGAAUGGCUUUUAUAUGAUAUUUAUAGUCCACGAACAAAUGAUGGACGUGGCGUUGCAUUUGGUAGAAUAUAUAGUCGUGAUGGUACUUUAGUAGCUACUACUGCACAAGAGGGUGUUAUACGUUUAUCAGAACAUGAGCAAAAAAGACAUGAAAAGAAGCUAUUCGCAAGAAUUCCUACUACUAGUAGCAGUAGUAGUAGUAGUAGUAGCAAACUAUAAUUUAC